AUGUGCGUCACAGAACUUUGCGUCACCAAGCAGGCCUGCCAGCAUCGCUGGUACCAUCUCGUCCGACCAUGUGCACCAACCAUGGAUCUGGCCACUUGCCCCAAGAAGCUGGGUAUCUCUGGAUGGGAAGUCAAGGUCGACCACUGCCCCUACUGCCAGGGCCAUGCAACCAGCUCGGCCUACCGUCUGAUUGGUGACGGCCCAGCUCCACCCGUUGGGUCUCUCUCUGGUCUUGCACGCGCACACUCAACAAGCCUUCACGCAGCUCGCCGCGACGAGCGCCUGCAGCUUAUCACAUCCAGGAGCGACAGUGUCACCAGUAUUGGCAGUAAGAGUAGCAUAGUCACAGCAGCAUCAGAGAAGAACCGCGCCAUGAACGCAAGACUCGACUCGUACUUCUUCCCAUCUGAGGGCUCUCCAGUCUCGGCUUUUCCCAGAUCAGUCCGCGAACCUGGCGAUGAGAGCGCCACCGAGAGCUCCAGCGACACAUCAAGCAACGACCAGGCCAGCCUACGACACCAGUCCAUGUCCAACGAGCCGUACAAGGUCGGCAUGCUUUCGCGCAUCGGUCGCAAGACCAAGCGAUUCUCGAUGUUCAAGUGA